UUUUUUUUUUAAUUUUGCCAUUUGCCACGAUGUCAUGCAAUCCAGUUAACGUUGCAAAGGAUCGCUUGCAGCAAAUCUAUCAAACAAUAGGUGCCCCUGGCCGUAUUAGACCAUCGAUUAACAAGGCCAACAGAACAGAACUUAACCCAGUGUAUUUUUUGGCUCGGAGUGCUACCGUCUAUCCAUCAAAGACUGCUGUUGUCCAUGGAGAGAGACGCUACACCUACAAGGAACUCAAUCGUCGAACAGUCGCAUUGGCCUAUGCGCUGAAGGAACAAUUGAAUGUCAGACGUGGAGACAGGGUCGCAAUUAUUGCGCCUAAUAUCCCUGCCAUGCUCGAGGCUCACUUUGCUAUCCCUGCUGCCAAUGCCAUCAUCUGUGCAAUCAAUACCCGUCUAGUACCAUCAGAGGUCGCCUAUAUCCUCGAGCACUCUGGAUCUACAAUCGUUUUCUGUGAUGCCGAGUUCAAGGAUCUGAUUAAAGAUUCUCCUCUUCCCAAGAUCAUCAUCGAGGACACAGGUUUGGCCUCAGACCCCUAUGAACAACUUUUGCAAACAGGUUAUUCAAAAGCUGACACACUCGGAUGGAGCGGGCUAGAUCAGACAGAUAAUGAAGAGGAGGAAGUCUCGCUCUGCUACACGAGUGGAACAACAGGAAAGCCAAAGGGCGUGGUCUUCACAUACCGUGGUCUAUACCUUGCAGCUCUCGGGAAUCUGAUCGAGGCUCAACUGAAUUUUGAUUCUGUACAUUUGUUUAUUGUACCGUUGUUCCACGCCAAUGCUUGGAUGUAUCCGUAUUCCCUCACUGCUGUUGCAGGGACGCACGUAAUGCUCCGUAAGAUCGAUUACGAUCAGAUUUGGAAGGUGAUGGUAGACGAAAAAGUUACACACUUGAAUAGUGCGCCCACAAUUUUGAUUCAAUUGGUACAUAAUCCUAAUGCCCGCAAGCUACCAAAGACUGUCACAUGCAUUGUUGGAGGAUCUGCUCCAACAGCAACGUUGAUUGCCAAGAUGAGGGAAUUCGGCAUGGAGGCUGCUCACGUUUAUGGACUCACAGAGACUUAUGGACCAGUUGUCAGGUCAUACUAUCAACCAGGGUUUGAAAAGCUUUCAGCGGAAGAGCUUGCUAAGCAAUUGGCACGACAGGGUCAUGUUUACGUAGUUUCAGACGAUUUGCGCGUCGUAGAUAGUGAGAUGAACGAUGUUGCUUUGGAUGGAAAACAGGCUGGAGAGAUCGUUUUCCGAGGCAACUUGGUGAUGAAGGGUUAUUACAAUGACCCAGAGGCUACUGCCAAGGCGUUUAAAGGAGGCUGGUUCCACAGUGGAGACAUUGCAGUUCGCCACCCCGAUGGAUAUAUUGCAAUACAGGAUCGUUCAAAGGAUAUUAUUAUCAGUGGAGGUGAGAACAUCUCAACACUAGAGGUCGAGUCCUGUAUCUCUCAACAUCCUGCGGUUCUCGAGGUAGCAGUUGUGGCAACACCGAGUGAGCGUUGGGGAGAGACGCCCAAGGGUUUUGUGGUCCUUAAACCGGAUUUGGCUGCGGACAAGAUAGUGGAUGGUCAAGCAUUGGUCAAGUUCUGUAAAGAGCGCAUGGCUGGAUUCAAGUGUCCAUCUUCGAUUGUGAUUGUCAAGGAGUUGCCCAAGACCAGCACAGGCAAAUUGCAAAAGUAUGUGUUGCGUGAGCAAGAAUGGAAGGGACAACAGAAGCGGAUCAACUAGACUAAAAAGAGUAAUGCCAUGUAAACAAAAUAAAGCGAAGAGUGAUCUCCAC